CUAAAGUUUGUUUUGUCUUGUGUAAUUUCUAAUUCACUCUGAAAGUUAAAAGCUGCUAAACACCUCUUUCCGUACUUCGGGGAGAGAAACUUUUUGUGUUAAAGCUUCAAAAUGGAGAAUUUAACAACAGAUGCUGUGUUAUCCACAGCUUACUUGGAAUAUUUACCAGAAAAUCCACUUUAUGAACCAUUCAAACAAAGUUGGAUUUUAAUGAACCAAAAAUAUACUAAAUUUCAAAUUGCAACAUGGGGAUCUUUGAUUGUCCAUGAAUUUGUAUAUUUCGCUGCCUGUCUACCAGCUUUUAUCUUUCAGUUUCUACCUUUCAUGAGGAGAUUUAAAAUACAGUCGGAUAAACCAGAAACUGCCGAAAAACAGUGGAAAUGUUUGAAGCUGAUUUUAUUUAACCAUUUCUUUAUUCAGUUACCUCUUAUUGCUGGCACAUAUUUAUUCACAGAAAUGUUCGGAAUACCUUACGGGUGGGAUGAAAUGCCUACAUGGUAUAAUUUAGCUUUACGUGUGUUUGGUUGUGCAGUAAUUGAAGAUACAUGGCACUAUUUCUUGCACUUUGCUUUACAUGAUAGACGUAUUUAUAAACACAUACAUAAAAUACAUCAUCAUUUCCAGGCACCAUUUGGUUUAACAGCAGAAUAUGCUCAUCCUUUAGAAACUCUCAUUCUUGGUUUUGGAUUUUUCCUUGGUAUUUUGAUGUUUGCUAACCAUGUGGUAUUGUUAUGGGCCUGGGUGACUAUUCGACUAUUUGAAACUAUUGAUGUACACAGUGGUUAUGAUGUACCCUAUUUAAACAUAUUCCAUCUUAUACCUUUCUAUGCUGGUUCAAGAUUUCAUGAUUUUCAUCACAAAAACUUCACUGGAAACUACUCUUCUACGUUUUUAUGGUGGGAUGUGAUUUUUGGAACAGAUUCACAAUAUAAAGAUUACAAGGCUAAAUUAGCUAAAGAAAAGAAGAAAUUGAAAUAAACAAGAGAUAUUUUAAACAAAUUCAAAUUGUGAUAACUUCAAUACCGGUAGCCUAAAGACAAGUUAUUGUUGAAUUCAAACAACUACCAGAUUACCAGCCAAAACUUUUAACUACCUUUUCUAUUGUUAUGUAUAAAUGUUGAUUGUUGUUUUAAGUAUGUGAUUGUUAAAGUAUUCUUUAUUCUUAUUCUAUUCAAUUUACUCUUGUAAUAUUUGCUAUCCAUAUUUUCACUGAAUUUCAAACUUAAUCCGAGUAAUGCCAUUUCUCAUUCAAAUUUAAAAGCUAUCUCUCAGAUUAAAUUAUAUGAAUCAAAUUUUCAGCUUGAUUUUGGAUAUGUUUGGCUUUUGUCUCCAGUGUUAACUUUAAUCCUCACCUCUGUUUUCCACAUGUCUCAGCAGAAGGACCAAAUAUAUAACACCAAAAGUGUUUAACAUUGUAUUCUGUUACUAUUCGCAAAAUAAAGAAAUAUUUUGUCAAAAA